AUGAAACAGCCGACUAGUAAGGAAGACAAGAAGAACAGCAGAGAAACACUGAACAGCUUGUGUUCUGUGUCAGCUUUGCUGUUGUCUGUUGCGUGUUGUAUGGCUCUAAUUCACCUUGAACUUCGAAUACAAGAACAUCAUCGACUGAUAUCACACUCGGUAACAGUCUGUGAUCAGAUGGAAACGCAGAUUCUGAGGAAAGUUCAGCAGAAUUACGAACGAUGGCAAGUUACGAAAGUUGAUGGCAUAAAAGGUCAUUUGCAGGGGACAAAUGGUAAGGAAACGUUUUAUAAAAUUUUCCGGGUUUUGAUAUUAACAUCAGCUUGUUUCAGAUCCUGGCGAUUAUGAAAAUUAUCCUUGUUUAACAUAAGAGGAGCUUUAUCUUGUUCAAAAUUUGUUCCGACUACUCGCUUAGAACUCCGCAAUAAGAGCACAGGCUUAUAAUCGGUGAGGGUGUCAAGAACAGGAGAAUACAACAAGAGCUAACCAACGAAAGGACAUUCUUAACAAAAAAAAACAGCCCGUCCUGAGUUAGUUUAAAAGUAUCACAGCUCAUUUCGAACGAACGAUGGAACGAUGUUAUAACAACCUUCAGCUACACUGAUACAGUAAAUGAAAAUGAAAAUUAUAAUUAUUCGGCUCUAUCGAACACAAAAUGAGUCCGUAUUUCCUCUGGGCUACAUACGAGGAGUUGGCUAUUUAGCAAAUGGACAUGACUUGAACUGAAUUGAGUGUACAUUGCUGGAUUAGCUCGGUAAGAAUUUAAAAAGACUAUUUUUUAAAGCUAACUCAGAGGAUGCGUCUCGGGAAAAAACACCGUCGAGGCAGCGGUCGUUUUUUUAGAUUGUUUUCGGUUUUAGGCGUUUGUUUGUUUGUUUGUUUUUUGGUACGAUAUAUAAUUCCAUUUUUACUUAAUCCUCAGAAAGGGCUUUAUUUAAUGUUUUGAAAGGUCUUGGCGAGUAUGAAAACGUCAAUUCAAGACAGAAGAGAGCGUUACCAGCUAACUCACAAACAAAAUCGGUCCAAACAGAAUCGCAAGUAAAACUACUCAUCAAAGAAGAGCUUCGAGUGCUGCAAAACCAAUUCUGUGCAAAAGAUGAAAAGCUUUGCCGCUCAGGACCAAAAGGUAAUGCAGGGCGACGGGGAAGACCCGGAUUCCGAGGGAGACCAGGUCCCCCAGGGAAGCCCGGGCCAGAAGGACCUCCUGGUAAACAUGGACCUGUAGGACCUCCAGGACCCGCCGGCAUUAAAGGGGAUCUCGGAGUACCGGGGGUCCCUGGUCCCAUGGGUCCUAGAGGCCCACCAGGUCAAAAGGGAACCAAGGGCGAGCCGGGCCAGUCUAUCACGGCUCCUUCUCUGCUGCAGAGUCCUGUUGAAACAACUGUCAAUCAAAGCCAGACGGCCAUCUUGAAAUGCACAACAGAUGGAAAUCCAACUCCACAGAUCACGUGGUCUAAGAUGAACUCGCGACUUCCUGUGGGACGUCACAAGGUAGAGUCCAGUGGUGCUUUGAUUUUGAAGGACGUGAGGCCUGGGGAUGAGGGAGUCUACAGCUGUGAGGCUGGAAAUUUACUGGGGAGCGUUAACGCUUCAGCUAAACUCACUGUACAGUGUAAGUCGACCUGGUUGUUUUAUUUGAAAAUUAAAGUGGAAUAA